AUGCAACUCCUCUCCCUCCUAGCCCUCGGACUCUCCACAACCCCUUGCCUCGCCGCCGUCGCCGCCCCGGCCGAAGCAGCCCGCCUCCCGGCCUCAGAAGUCAUCCGCAACCUCGAGCUCCUCACCCGCUCCACCCGGGACCUCAUCCCGGCUGCCCGUGACCUCUCCACUCGCGCCGCCGUUCAGUUCAGGGACAACGAACGCGGCCCCUUCGCAACCGUAGUCGACGGCCUCGAAGACCUCGCCUCCACCGCCACCUCGGACCGCAACUCCAUCAUCGACGAGGACCGCCGCGGCCGCGAGCCAACGUACAUCGGCCGUGACGCCCGCAAUAUCGACAAGGCUAUCAGCGAUCUGUUUGACCGGGCCAAAGAGCUGAGUGAGCGUAUUGGCGAUGAGAGUAGAUUUGGACGGUUGUUCUCCAACGUUGGGAGCAAGGUGGGACGGGGGUUGGAGAGGUGGGGGGAUGCGGUUUAUGAAUUGGCCAAGACGAUUGAUGACCGCGUUGAUGGUGGGCUCGAGACGGGGACUUGGAGGGAGGUGUUGAGGGUUACGGGGACGAUUGACAAGGUUGUUAAUGAUUAUACUAGUGGACGGGUGAGGUUGAGCAGCAUCCUUAGGGAUAUUGGACGGCCGGGGGAUAGGGCUGGGGGGAUUAGCAUUGAUUUGGGGUUGAGGCCUAUUGGGUUGAGGCUUGGUGCUGGGAGGGUUUAA